AUGUCGUCCCCCGCCGCAGCCCAAGGCCAGCUCCCCACAAUCCCAGAGUUCACACCAAAGCAGGAACUCGUCCUCCGCGAGCUGCUCGCGCAGGCCCUCGCGGAGCGGGACGCGGCGUUAUCCGCCCUCUCGGCCGCGCGCGCCGAGGUGCUCGAGCUCAAGGCGCGUAUCAAGGCCGAGGGGUGUGGUUGUAUCGGCGAGAGCGGCCAUGCCGCCCGUCACGACGCGCUCAAGGCGUACCCCGACGCCAGCGUCCGGCUCGGACGCCGAGUCGGCGACCUCGGUACGUCGGUCACUGCCCCCGGUCCUCCAUGCCUGACCGUCCAGUUCAAACCCGCCGCCAAGAGGCCAAAGGUCGAGCGCGUCAGCGUCAAGGCGGGCCCCAAGGCGGCCCCUCGGCCCAAGCGCGCGCUGUCCCCGACAACGAGAGGCAACAGCCCCAGCCCCACGCCGCACCCAGAGCCCGACGACGAGCAGCCGCUCCCCCCGCCCCCCCGCAGACUCAACUUCUCCACCUCGCCCAGCACAUCACGCAGGCCCACGUCCGAGAUCCCCUCCUUCAUCGCCUUCUCGCCCCUGCGUGCCGCGAGCCCGCCGCGGCCGCCGCCGCGCGUGCUCGUCACGCCGCCGACACCGUCCCCGGGCCAUGAAGAAGACGGGGGGUAUGACCCGUGCUUGCCGUCACGCGGGUUCACGCCGAUCGCGAUCGAGGUGGACGCUGCCGAGUCGCGCGUAGACAACGACGGCCCACACCCCUCCCCCUCCGCCCUCACCCCAUCCGCGCUCGCCGCCGAACGCCGCGCACAUGCCGCGACACGCUCCGAGCUCGACUCGGCCCAUUCUCAGCUCGAAGAGCAAGACGCCGAGCUCGCGCGCGUGCAUGCCGAACUGGCCGACUAUCGCGCCCGUAACGCCGCGCUCGAGGCGCAGCGUGCCGCGAUGGAGGCGCGCGCGCUCGACGACGAGGCGCGCAAGCGCGCUUCGGGGGCCGAGGAGGCUGCUGUGCGGGAUGAGCGCGAAUCGCUGUAUGCUGCCUUUAACGACCUCCGCGAGGCUGUCGACGCGCCGCCUGAACCUGGCCAUGGCCAGAGCUGCGUCGUUCAGUAA